AUGCCCGAGCGUGUGUGUGUGCGCGCACACGCGCGCGGGCGUCUGUGUGGGCGUUCGUGCUGGUUCUACCCAACAUGGACUAUGUGGAUCCUGAGCACUCCUGUGGUUGUCUCACUGGGGAUAAAUUUCAUCCUCCUGCUGAACAUUCUUCGUAUUUUGUUGUCAAAGAUAAGAGCUUUCAACACAGCAGAGCACAAUCAGAACAGACGAGCAGUGAAGGCCACUCUGAUUCUGGUACCACUGUUGGGCCUGCAGAACCUGCUUACACUGGUCAAACCUCCCUUGGAUGACCAAGCUACCUUUGCAUGGAACAUUACCUCGGCGGUGCUUGUUUCUUUCCAGGGCGCUGCGGUGGCUUUGAUAUUCUGUUUCUUUAAUGGCGAGGUGUUAACUGUGCUGAAAAGGAAAUGGGACCAGUGGCGCCACAACUAUGAUCCUGCAUUCGUGGGAAGACCAUCCUCAAACAGCACAACAGUGGUUAUCGCCCUUGAUGACGCCACCACUGCAAGUAUCGUUUUUAAAAACGGAACCACAAAAAUGUGCUCUCAAAACGACAAGGAGGCAUUGGAGAAGCAGCUCAUGGUAGAAGACAACAUAACUGAGAGCAGAAAUGAGGCAUAG